UUUUCACGGCGCAGAUCGUUUUCGUUCGUAGUGUAGCUCGGUUGACGUUGUUGUACUCGGUCAGAUCUGAUUGAGAUUCGGCUAGUACAGCUAUAAUUUUAGUGCUACGUACGUUUUCAAUCGUGAAAAAACAGUCGAUCUAACAAUCGUGCCGCGUUUAAAUUUCCCGUGAAAUCGAUUUGUUAAUAUAUUUUGAAAUUUGUUAAGCAUAAUUUGACCGAGCAUCAAGAUGGUUGACAAAAUCGAGAUGAGCCUGGAUGAUAUUAUAAAAUCACAGCGUCCACAGCGUGGUGGUGGCGGUCGCGGUGGUCCGUUCCGAUCCGGUGGCAGCAAUGGUAGCGGUCCACGGGGUCGCGGCCGUAAUGGGUCUGUCGGAGGUUUUCGCUCCAAUCGUGGCCCAUCCGGCGGCGGUGGUGGCGGUGUCCUCAAGGGGCGCAAUCGUGGCGGAAUUCAACGAUCAUCGAAAUACGCACGGGGCGACGUAAACAGCGCAUGGAAGCACGAUAUGUACGAGGGUGCUCGCAAGAGUCGUUUGUUAGCAGCGGCAGGAUUAGUCGGCCCUGGAGGACUUGGCAGUACGAAGCUGAUGGUAUCGAAUUUGGAUUUCGGCGUGUCGGAGUCUGACAUCAACGAAUUGUUUGCGGAUUUUGGACCCCUGAAACAUGCUUCGGUACACUACGACAGAUCGGGCAGAUCUUUAGGUACAGCCGACGUGGUGUUCGAGCGCCGGGCAGAUGCCAUUAAAGCAAUGAAACAAUACAAUGGAGUUCCGCUGGAUGGUCGUCCGAUGAGCAUACAGCUGGCGACCUCGGAAAUUCCUAUCCCACGAGUCCCACGCCUUGGUGCCAGUACACUAUCGCGUUCACCACGAAGACCGAGCAGCAGUGGACCCAGAGGUUCAAACUCGUCAAGCCGUCGAGGAGGCGGUAGCGGUGGUAGCGGCGGCGGUGGUGGUGGUGGUGGUGGCCCACGCCGUCAGCAGCGUGAGACCAAAACUGCGGAAGAGCUUGAUGCUGAGCUGGACGCGUAUACAAAGGAUAUGAAGUAAUUUUGUCAGCAGUACACAGCGUGACCUUCCAUACACUUCGUGUAUGUUUUAGAGUAAGGACCAUUAUCACGUUGACUUUACUGUAAACACAGAAGAGAACGCUGCAGGCAGAUCAUUGCUUGCGGGCGGUGUAAAUAAAAGUAAAAGAAAAAAAAUUCUUCAGUAAUAAACACAAGAAUGCAAAGUUGAUUUGAUAAUAGAAUAACAAUCACUGAGUGAGGUUGCAGCGCAAAACAAUUCGUCAGUUAUUUAGGCAACUGUGAAGCAAAACAUCAACAAACAACGGUUGUUUCCGUCGAAAUGAGUUGAAAAUCUCGUUCAGUGUUGCCGGUAAUGAGCAUUUGGUUAGAUUUUAUUUUAUACUAUAAAUUUAUUAGCAAAUCAUUGUUCUUGAAAAAAACGGGAUUGUCAUACGUUGGCCAACGAUCGAAGUCGAAGUGUAUUUUUAAUGUUAUACUUUGAUCGGAAUUUGCUUGAUUAGCACAGUGUCAAAUCUAAACAUAAAAAACCCGACGCAGAGUGAGAAUUUCAUUUCAAGAUGCAGCAGAAUUUGUAAUUUUUGUACUUGAAUUCACAUAAUUUACCGAGAGAAACCUCAACAAGUAUAACCAGUAAAUCACGGACAAACAAUCUAAUGGACGGAUCUGAGAAUCUGUCAUUUCAUCGUUAGUUCAUAAUACCUUAGUUUAGUGAAUCGACAUUACAAACUAAUGUAAAAGAAAUAUAAAACAAAUGACUCAGAA